AUGUCCUUAUCCAUUUCUUCUCCUUCAAUUGAAAAAAACUCGAGAAUCAAGGAACGUAGUAAUUCUAGUGGCAGCAACCGUAGACCCUCAAUUCCUCGUAGAAGAUCUUCAAAUAGAUUAAUAAGGACUAUCAGUUUUGAAGAUGAAAGCUUAGAAGAUCAAGAUAAAAAUGUAAAAGAAAAGUCACAACAAGAGCAAGUAGAAAAACUUCCUAAUAGCUCUAACUUAUCUGCUACAUCUUCAAUUACUACUACUACUAACACCACUAACAACCAUGAGGACAAUGCUUUGAACGAACGCCAGGAUCCUUCUUCUUCAUCAGCAGAUGCAUUAUUAAUUCCAUUUGUCAACUCUUCGUUGGACCAUACUUUACCUAUUUCUUACUUCAAACAGGAUAUAAUUAAUAUUAUCAGUGCUUUGAAAAUAUCAAAAUGGAAACGUCAUAUUGAUGAUAUAAAUAACAAUCAAAACAAUUUAAAGGUACGUAGUAUUACUGGUGCUAUGACUAACUCUAUUUUCAAAGUAACAUACAAAGGUUUACCAUCUCUUUUAUUAAGAAUCUAUGGUCCCAAUGCGGACAAUAUUAUCGAUAGAGAGUACGAAUUAAAAGUGUUAGCCAGAUUAUCCAUGCAGAAUAUUGGACCUCAAUUAUAUGGUUGCUUUAACAACGGUAGAAUUGAACAAUUUUUAGAAUCAACUACUUUAACUAGGGAACAAAUCAGAGAAUGGAAAACCUCUCAAAGAAUAGCCAGAAGAAUGAAAGAGUUGCAUUAUUAUAUUAAAUUGAAUAAGUCCGAAAUUGAAGGUGGGUCAAUUUCAUGGAAAAAGUUGGAAAAUUGGGUUACUCAAAUUGGCAAGUCUAAAUGGAGCACCAAUCCAGAAAAUGUUAAAUCCGUUUUCACAAUGGUUGAUAAUUGGAAUGAUUUCACCAGAAUCAUCCAGAAAUACAAAAAGUAUUUAGUUGAAAACGAUCCAUUUUACAAUAAACUAUGUUUUUGCCAUAAUGAUGCACAGUAUGGUAAUUUAUUAUUUACUUCGCCAAUUAUACAACCUGGUGAUACAAUUACACCUGUCACGUCUUCCGGUUCUUUGCUAACGUCUACAUCUUCUAGUACGUCUUUAUUUCCAACAUCAAGUAAUAUCAAUGUGGAGGAUAUUAUUAAUCCUCCCUUGGCUGAAAGAACCCAAGAUUCCAAGUUGGUGGUUAUUGAUUUUGAGUAUGGUGGUGCAAACCCACCAACGUACGAUUUAGCUAAUCAUUUAUCUGAAUGGAUGCAUAAUUACCAUUGUAAAGAUUCUUGGGAGGCUAGCCCUGAAAAAUAUCCCAAUAAAGAUCAAGUUUUGAAUUUUUUGUAUUCUUAUGUCAGUGAUCGUAAAUAUACUGGUGGUGUAGGUAGUGAAUAUUUCGAUGAAGCUUUUAAUAAGAAGGUGAUCGAGUUAUACAAUUCUAUAAUAAGAUGGAGACCAUGUGUCCAGUUAUUUUGGGCGUUGUGGGCAGUUAUUCAAUCGAAUGAAUUGGCGUCAUAUGAGCAGAAAUUUAAUAAAAGUGAUACUAAAGCGAACCUUGUGGAAGAAGAUGCACCUGGAGGUGAAAAGUAUAUUAUUUCAUACGAGGAAGAUGACAGCGUCAGUAACGAUGGGAAGGAGGGCACUCAGUCAAAGAAUAGCAAUGAUGAUAACAAUGAUGCUACUAGCAUCAAUUCCGUAAAUUCUACUGAUUCGACUGGGAACCAUGAGGAUUGCGGGGUCGACUUGGAUUCUUUUGCUUCUAUUAAGUAUGCGAGAUGUAAAAUGGAUAUUUUUUGGGGGGAUAUUAUUGAUUUAGGAAUUGUCGAUGUUAAUGACACCUCAAGUGGCUUAUGUACGAAGGAUACUUCUACAGUCAAACAUUUGGAUACUGUAUUUUUGAGGAAAAGUACAGUAUAA